AUGCCGUCUUCUAUUGGACACAGGAUCGGAGCUGUCUUACGUAUCCGAACGUUGCAACCAAGCUCUCGGACUGACACGAUCGGCAUCACGCAUCUUGGUUACGGGAAUCUCUUCCGCAGAAUCACCUCUUCUCUGGAACGGCAAAACAUCGACGCAUCAACACUCGAGGUGUUUAAGGAUCUGCAGUUGGCGGAUACACAAUUCAACACAAACACACCAGUUGAUAUACUAUUGGGAAGCGAGCACGUAUGGUCAGUGUUCACAGGACGAAAGAUAUACGACAACAAGGAUAAUCUUAUCGCCAUUUCUUCGGUAUUCGGAUGGGAUAUCACCUCACUCAUCACAUCGAACGCAAGCAACGCUGUUGCACUAACUACAACAAUGGAGAUUGACUACACUCUUCAAAAGUUUUGGGAACUGGAGAAUGCUCAAAUCAGCACAAAAGCAGAACCGGAAGAUGAAAAGGUCGAGAAACGCUUUCUCGCCACCCACAACCGCGAUGAAAAUGGGAAGUAUGUCGUGGAACUUCCACUCAACGCGGAAAAUCCUGAAUUCGGAGACACUCUACAUGGAGCUCUUAAGCGCUUCAAAUCGGUAGAGCGACGUCUACAACAAAACGAGCAGCUGCGGACACAGUACGUAUACUUCAUGCGAGAGUAUAUCAACCUGGGGCACAUGCGUGAGGUGCCCCCAGAGGACAUUGCUGCUGGAAAUCAAUUCUUUCUCCCCCACCACCCGGUGUUCGGACGAAAUCUGCGAGUUGUUUUUGGUGGAUCCUUUCGCGACGCUAAUGGUAACGCGUUAAAUGACACUCUUUUCACAGGACCCAGUAUCCAGCGUGACCUCUUUGCUGUGUGCCUACGCUUUCGCAUGUACAAGUACGCAUUCUCAGCGGACAUCGUUAAAAUAUUUCGCCAAAUAUGGUUAAAGCGAGGGGCACAGAAAUUACCAGAAAAUCGUUUGGAGAGAAGAUCCAUCAGAUCCGAUCAAGCAUUUCCAAAUGUGCACGGUAACUAA